AUGCACGACCGCGGCGCAAACCACCACCUACAACAAAUCCCGCUCACUGUCUCUCCGGCGCUGCAGCUGCCCGUGGCGGUGACGUUACCAUACAGCUACCAGAGCCCACUUCCGCUGCGCCUGCCGCCAUCGUCGAGCGUUUCCAUCACGUCGCCGUCGGGGAACGUAAGCCAAACGCCGGCGGAGGUGGUCCACAGCUGCCACGUGCUGCUGUCGCACCUGCAGGCGCAGCGGGCGGCGGCGGAGUCGGCGGUGGCAGACUGGGAGGGCGGGAUUGCGGAGCGGGAGCUGAUGGAGAAGCGCCGGGUCGCCCCGGGAUACUUGGAUACGGGCAUUCAGAUACUAGAGCCUACGCGGAAGAACCAGGAGAGUCUGAUGGAUCAAGUGAGUGGCGAGGAUAAGGCGAAGGACGCAGAGGUGGGGGAGGAGUUGGAUCGCGUUUUUGGGAAGAUGGGCGUGUAG